AUGUUGACUUUUCUCAUCUUCAUUGUUGCAGCUUUGGUUGCUUGCAAUCAUGGUGUUCCUGUUGAACAAGAAUCUGAAUCGGUUGCUAUGGAUUUAAUGGUUCCUCGUGGCACAUCGCGUGAAGAAUAUUUGCAAUCAAUCGCUGAUUAUUGGACACAUGAACGUAUGGAAUCAGCAAUAGAAAAGGAUCUGAUCAUUACUGAUGAACAAGAAUUUCUUCGUUUCAAUAAUGAACCAAGAGUUGAAAGAGCUGCAAUGGUCUUGACAACAAGUCAAUUAUUAUCAGGCACGGUUGCAUCAAAGCCUAAAGUAGCGGGCAAAGUUUAUUUUGUAAUGAAUGGAGCAAACUACAUGUGUUCGGGCUCAGUUGUCAAUGCAGUCAACCGUGAUACUGUUGUCACCGCUGGUCAUUGUGUCUAUGACAAAGAUAAAAAAGUAUGA